GACAAAAAUUCCAUCUUCCUCGUCAAACUCGAAGGACCUCUAAGCAGCCCCACCAAAAUCAAAGCCCUAACCGGAUUCCUAACCACCCCUAUCCUCAAAGAAGGCGAAGGCAUAAGAGAUACUUCCCCCAGCAACUUCUGCCUCAUUACCGGUAAAAUGAAACUCGCCAUCCUCUCUGCCCUCGAGGGAACCUUUUUCUCACCAACCUUUAUUCGAGUUAACUUGUCCCCGAAACACCUCUCCGAUUAUAGCAUCGCUCCCACUUUGGGAAAUGAGAUUGAUCCUACCCUUCCGCAGAACCGAGCAACUGAUGCAGAUGAACUUUUUCUUCCAAGGCAGGAUCAGUUUCCGGUGUGGUAUUUCUUCUAUGGCAAUCUGGCUGUGUCGGAGAUUCUGGCUGCGCGGCUGGGUCUUCAGGAUAUGCCGAUUCUUAGUAGGGCUUUGGUUAAGGGAGGUGUUUUGAGGACGUGGGGAGGAGGGAAGUAUAAGGCUUUGGUUGAUGGGACCGUCUAG